AUGGUGUCUUCUUGCUUCAGCCCAUUGUGCAUGCACUAUGUCAAGCACGCCCAACUCAUCAAAAACUGUUAUCCGACAAAAGAGGGCGAAAAGGGCCCUCGUUCUUCGGAGCUAAGCUACCUUACCUUUUAUGCCAGUUCUCGGCCUGCCAAGCUCACCAAAGUUGGCAGUUACCUCGAAAAGAAGGUUGAGCGUGACAUUGCCAAGGGUCGAAAACAAAACAAUCAGGUGUCUUUGGAUAUUGUCAAGGCGCUUAUUCAAUCAUGUCAUCGUGAUUUGAACUUAUUUUCAAAGUGGGUCGUCCGCAUCCUCAACAAAAUAUUAGAUACCCGGGAGAUUGAAUUGGAAGACUUGGCCUGUGAGACGUUCGUCAUCUUCUGUAACUAUCACGAUGGAUCUACGCUGGGCAUUGAUCCUGGGUUAACAGGGGACUUUGAGGGACUUUUACGCAAGUUUGCUGAAUUUUGCAACUACACCAACGCAGACGAAGAUUUGACAUUAAAAAUGCAAUAUAUCGGUCACCGAGCCAUGCAAGCAGCCGUGACAUCCAACGCAUUUCAUGGACCAGACUUCAAGGCCCAACUCGACAUUGUAUUACCUGCACUUUUAAAGAGCUUGAUCACAUCCGGAAACGCCGACAAUCGGCUCGAGAAAGGCCAAGGUUCAAUAGAUAUCAAACAAUCUAUUAUUAGCAAAGGCGAACCCGUGGAAUCGACUGCCAUCGAGGCAUUGGCUGCCCAGACAACCGGUAUAUUAUUUUCAAAGUCAAAUGGUUCCGCUGUGCGUUCAGCAUUGGUCCUUGUGUUCCAGUUUGCGGAAGACAAGGAGCAGUGGUGGCCACCCGAUCGAAUUGUAUCGAUCAUGGAGCUGAUUCUCGAUUCCGUGCAGGCACAGUAUCGUUACUUAUUAAUAUCCGAAACGCUCCAACAGCUUGAAAGUAGUAACGCAAGCGAACCAGCAUACCUGAACAGCAAGCACGCAUCCCUGGUGUCGAUCUUGGAUACAGUAUUGAAUGCAGUCAAUGCACCGCUUCUUGGCGUUUCAGUUCUUGAGGUCCUCAACUCUUUGUUUACGCUCCUGAUCAAAACACUACAUGUCACAACGGUACUCCGCGAAGCAUUACCCGAAGAAGAACGUGUUAAUCAACAGGUCCUUUACGAAUACGCAAUCCAUCGAGGCAUUCUGCAUAGUUUUGGCGGCUUGGCAUCACAACAAUAUUAUCAGAACCAAUUGGAUGAUAUGACGGGCUACCUUAUUGCCAAGCUCCGAGCCAGCACGACCCUGGAAACGGUGGACGGUAUACCGAUUUCCUUAUAUCGACACGUUGUCCUUGUAUGUUUGGACAACAUUACACUUGCGCACAAGGCACUUACGCCCACAUCCGACAAGUCGAUCCACAGUGGAAGGCGGCCACCCUCGGAAAUACCGCUGGAGGACCGUGUUUCGGCUGGUUCUUGGACAGCUGGUGUAGGAUUACUUACGGAUAAAAAUCCAGAAACGCGAUCCGAUUUUGCUCGCUCACUAGUUCAAUGUCUUGAGACUACUACACCUAUACAAGAUCCAAUCAUAGGUGGAUAUCCAUUGCAUCUUUUAUUAAACCACAGCGAUAUCGUGUUUGUCAAUACUGUCAGCCACACAAUCGUCGAGUGGGUACAGCAAUCCGGCUUUGAUGCAGCAGAUGCAUAUGCACUCUAUACAAUUCUGUGUGCCUUGACGCGUCGGUUCGGUAUCGAUGCCACACUCAAAACUGUACCGCUUGUUUUUAAACUUCAAAGCAUGGUUCAAGAUGGUACAUUCAAAGGUCCGGCACGACAAAGUGCAAUCGCAGCAGUGGCUGUUGCAUGGCUUACCAUGGUGGGCAAGUUUUAUCGUGUGGAUGAUUUGGUCGAGUACACGGAACGAAUUCAGCAGGAACGAGAACGAUCUAGCCAGUGGUACGAAGUCACUGUUUUGCCUGAAAAUCGACAAUUUGUCGAGCAUAGCCAUCCGACGCCUGUCAAUGCAUUUUUGGAUCGACAUGUUAUUGUCGCGUCACUUUCGUCGAAAUUACGAGAUGAACAGGAUACGCAUGGAUUGGAGCUGGAAAGCAAACUUUAUGCAGAAUGGGGCUCGGAAGCAUUAUUAAGUCAUGAACAAUCAAUGCGUAUCCGUGCAUCGAACGAUAUUAAUGGUCAGAAGCCAAGAUUGUCUAACCCAUGGUCAAGUCAUGAACCUAGCAAGAGAGGAAGUCUAAAGAAGAAAGACUCGAUCAAGGUUGAAAAUUUAAAGGAGGCGCUUGCCCAACCACAACAAAAAGCCGAAAGCAGCAGUGCGUCGGAUAGUACUAGUACUUCUAUACAGAUCACACCAAGCAGAAAAUCAUCCAUAAAUCCAAUGCGAAAAACGGAUAUAAACGCCUUACUAACGGAGCUGGAUAUCGGACCUAAUGCACAAAAGUAA